AUGAGUCUGUCAAGUCAAGUCUGUCCGCACCGGCGAUUUGAGUAAAUGCUCAAGAUGAUGUCUUAAAAAUGAGAAACGAUUCUGAAUACCGGCGGCUAUAGAUGCUGAUUUCUUAAAGUCUUCAAUUUGCCACCAUGGCUAGUUAGUUUUGUACAGUUUAGAGUUCUUGUUAUACGAUACGAAUUUUGUUAAAAGGAAUGAAACGCAUCGAUUCUUUUUUUUUGUUGAAAAGAAAUCGGUGACGAGAGUGCAUCGUUUGAUGGAAUAGAAUGUUGAAAUCGAUUCGGGUCGGUAGGAGAGAAGUAUCGAUUCAUGAAUAAAGACGGAAACGGUAGUACGUACGUAGCUGCGUUUCUGCAGUGGCUCUUGUAAGAUGCGUUGAAAUGCGUGACGUAGCGAUGGAUGCGAAUGAGAAGGGAAAACACUUUAUACACCGAAUGGUUGUACAGCGAUCAACGAGUGGCCAAGUGAGUGAGUGGCUCGUGAGACGAGUGUGAAGAUCCUGCGGAUCGUGUAUGACUGUAAUCUGUGUGGAUCCAGUCGUUUCUAACCUUUCUGACAGAAGCGUAUACCAGUGUUUGAUCUCUUGAUUAUCACUGUCUACUCGUCGAGUUGCGCCGAUACGUGAAUAACGCCUCGUUACCCUUCGUCGAACGCUAAACGUUGAAAUUCAUAUAUACAAAAUGGAAACGGAUAAAUCUACGGAUUUGGACUUUGUUUACGAUGAUGCGGAUAACUAUACCAAUGAAAUUGCUGAAUUGUACAGCUACUCGGAGCAAUCUGAAUUACAAGUUAAUCUUAAUGCGUUUGAAGAACAAAUGGAACUGUAUAAACUGAUACCUUGGUGGCAAAACAUCUCCGAGACUCAACAGAAGUCUGCGAUUUAUAAGCUGUUGGAUCAAUUAGAGGUUUCUAAUAAACUAUUGAGAAUGAAGGCGGCAAGGUGCUUCUUGUAUUUGGCUCAAGGAUGUUGGGCCGAAGUACAAUCUGACGUAGAACAGCAAGAGUGGACCAGAAAAAAUGUUAUGUUGUUGUAUGAAGCUGGAGUGUUUUCAGCAUUUGUUGAACUACUCAAUAUUGAAAUUAUGAAUAGUAAACGAGCUGCUUCUGCGAUGAGAAAAAUCUCGGUUAGUCUUGAUGAUUCUACAGACUUGAGAGUAAUUUUGUCCGUCUUGUACAUUAUGACAGAAGUGAUGAGAGAAGAAAUGAAGAGUUUGGACAACAGUAUUUAUAAGGACAACGUUGAAUCUUUUAAGGAAGAUUUGAUACAUCCGUAUGGUGGGGACUUACUUAUAGUUAAACUCCUUGGUAUGGUCACGUUCUUUUGUAGCGGUGCAGCUCCUCACUUUCCAAUGAAGAAAGUUCUUUUACUUUUGUGGAAGUUGAUCUUGGUGUCUCUGGGAGGUAUUGAUACUCUGAGAGAAUUGAAAAAGCAGUACCGUGAAGAAGCUGGUCUUGAGACGAUACAGGAGGAUACUUUAGAGGUUGCUAAGACGAUGAGACCUAGUUCACCUCCGGUCAGUGCGACGGAUUUGAUAGAAACGCAGAAUCAGAAGAAGUUUCAGAAUCAUAGAUCUUAUCGACGAUUUCUGAUGAAACAAAGUUCAUUGGAUGAACCGGGCUUGGGAAUGGAAUACGAAGGCGGAGAAAUGGGUAACAAUAGCACGAACAACGAUGGUGAAGGAGAACCUGCUGUGUUUGUGAACAAUUCUUCGUGGGGACAAUUAGGUACUUAUUGUCAGAAUGAAAACAAUCAGCCUCCACCGAGACCUGAUACUCCACAACUCCUGAAAGGGAAAGGUUUACCGUGGACACCGAAGGUGAGACAAAAGGAUGUAGACAGUUUUCUUGAAGCGUCGAGAUUAAAAUUUGUCGGAUAUAAUCUAGUAGGCGACAGACAAAGUUUGGCAGGUUUGCCACAACCAAUACUUGAAGGUGUUGAUACACUGAAAAGACAUAUGUAUAUAUCAUUGGCUGAAGUUCAAAUUCAGAAGGAAGAACAAAUGCUCAGAAACCCUAUAAGCACUCCGAGGUUUCCGAUUCGUCAAACACCGACAGAGAUUGUUUAUCAUGCCAUAUUACCGUUUGUUCCUCAAUAUAUGAUUGCGUUGUUAAAAAUUUUAUUAGCAGCUGCACCGACCAGUAAAACUAAAACCGACAGUACCAAUAUCAUGGCUGAUGUCCUGCCGGGACAGAUGCCAAUGACUGUCUUUCAAUCGAUGAAGCUCGGUAUUGAUGUAAACAGACAUAAAGAGAUUAUUGUUAAAGCUGUAUCAGCUAUACUACUUCUCUUGUUGAAACAUUUUAAGCUGAAUCACAUUUAUCAGUUCGAAUUCAUGUCGCAGCAUUUAGUGUUCGCUAACUGCAUCCCACUCGUUUUAAAGUUUCUAAAUCAGAAUAUUCUGGCUUACAUUGAAACUAAAAACAUCAUUCCUCUUUUUGAUUUUCCUGUAUGCGUUAUUGGAGAGCGACCAGAUGGACCUAUGGAAAAUUUUGAAAUCGGAGAUCACGUACCAUACUCGUGGAGAAACGUCUUUUCUUGUAUUAAUUUAUUACGUAUUCUUAACAAACUGACGAAAUGGAAACACAGUAGAAUCAUGAUGUUAGUCGUGUUUAAAUCGGCACCUAUCUUGAAACGUACGUUAAAAGUUAGACAUGCAAUGAUGCAGUUGUAUGUUUUAAAAUUGUUAAAAAUGCAAACGAGGUACUUGGGUCGCCAGUGGCGGAAGACUAACAUGAAAACGAUCAGUGCGAUUUAUGCAAAAGUCCGACAUCGCUUGAACGACGAUUGGGCGUAUGGCAAUGAUUUAGAAGCCCGACCUUGGGAUUUCCAAGUAGACGAAUGUGUGCUACGUUCAUGCGUUGACCGAUUUAAUAACUUACGCUACACCAAUAUUCCCAAAGAUAAGGACAUGGAGCCUGUCGACAAUUCUGUUACAUCGGUACUUGGGGUAAACGUAGAUUUAAGCGAUGAAUUUAAACAACAUUACGAAUUAUGGUUACAGCAAGAGGUAUUUCAAAGAAGCAUUAAAUGGGAUGAACUACUGGAUCCCGCGGCGUGUGAAAUUUAAAUCUUUAACAAGUGUAAAAUAAUAUACCUAUAUAUAAUAUAUACAUUAAAAUCGUAUUUUCGUCAGUUCAUAGACCUGGAUCGAAUUUUGACGUUUUUAUAACUUACAUACAAUCGUGAAGUGUUCAAAAGAAACAUUGCCAUAUCGAUGUAUCCGAAACUGAGAGAAUUCGUGUUUUGUUUAUAAUACCCCGAACAGUGAAUGGUCCUAAUCUGACGAAUGUUUAAAAAACACUAGUGACUUUUCAAGAAUGGUUUAUGAGAUCGCGUAAUUUUUUACAUUUUUGUGUGUGUAUUUAAUUCGUGCAAUGCAUAUUGCUCGUAGCAAUAUUUCAUUAUUACCGUUACAGUUGUAAGUGAACAUAUACAUAAUCGCCUUUGCCGUCGCUAUAGUCACGAGAAUUAGGACAAAUUUAAUGAAGUAUGUUAUUCGUAUCCUUACUACUCAUAUUCAUAUUAACUGAGUUUCUUACACAUCGUCUACAUUGACAUUUAUAAAGGAGCCAGUGUUAAGAUGUAUAAUGAAUUCAUUUAGUUAUAACUAUUUUCUAUGAAACAUUUUUGAGCAUUUUGUAAAUUGAGUACGUUCUCUUCGUUAUUAAUUCUGACAUCGAUGCGUGCUCGACCUGUGUGUUUAUGUGUAAUCGAUUUCUUUAUGAGAAAGAACGAUAGAAGAAGUGAGUUGAACAGCAUAAUCAGUUGUAUAUAAAUAAAUGCAUAACGCAAAACUAUGAA